AUGGCACCAGAUGUGGCCUGGCUCCUUUUCCUCCAACCAACCCUGGUGAUAGGCAUCACAAUGCAGACCGCGAUCAAGAACUUCCGCACUUUACAUGUUGACUACCCCAAGGUUAACUACCUGAAGGGUUUCCACGGAUACUGUAAUGGCCUCAUGGCCUACGUGAGAGGCCGACUGAAGGACUGGCAUUGCCCUAAGAUCCACUAUGUGGUACAUGCGCCCUGGGAAGACAUCCAGAAGUUCUGCAAACACAGCAAGAGCUUCUGUGAAAACUACAAUGAAUACUGUACCCUCACUCAGAACUCCUUCCCGAUCACAGUCUGCACCAUAGACCCUAAACAGCCACCAACCAGCUGUAGCUACAACAGCACCCUGACCAACCAGAGACUGUACUUGCUCUGCUCCCGCAAGUACGAUGCUGAGCCAAUAGACAUCGUUGGCCUCUACUAGG